UCUGCAGGAGGAAAUGGUCAUUGCUCCUUUAAAUCAGCUGGUGUAUGGAGGCAGGUUGCUGUACAAGGAGACCACAUGACUGUGACUGCAUCCUCCCUAUGAUGACAUCACAGAUCCCAUAGCAUUAGCUCCUAGUAGAGGAUGCUGUGCAAGUCUGUGGAUGCUGGCAAGCUGAUGUUACAGUGCAGGAAUUAACAUGGUUAACACCGGUGACAUCAAUGGUUCUAGCAACCUUAUGGAUUUCCUUGAUGAACCAAUUCCAGAUGUGGGGACAUAUGAGGAUUUCCAUACCAUUGACUGGUUAAGAGAGAAGUCACGUGACACAGACAGACACAGAAAAAUCACUAGCAAGAGCAAGGAAUCAAUCUGGGAAUUUAUCAAAGGCCUUCUUGAUGCAUGGUCAGGAUGGGUUGUAAUGCUCCUUAUUGGACUCCUGGCUGGUACAUUAGCUGGGGUUAUAGACUUAGCUGUGGACUGGAUGACGGAUCUUAAAGAGGGCAUUUGUCUUAAUGCUUUUUGGUACAGCCAUGAGCAGUGCUGCUGGACAUCAGAUGAAACAACGUUUGAGGACAGAGACAAGUGUCCUCAGUGGCAGAAAUGGUCUGAGCUGAUGAUUGAUCAGUCUGAGGGUGGCAGUGCCUACAUUUUGAAUUAUUUUCUAUACAUUAUGUGGGCGUUGUUAUUUGCCUUUCUGGCAGUUUCUUUGGUCAGAGUCUUUGCUCCUUACGCAUGUGGAUCUGGAAUACCAGAGAUAAAAACUAUUCUCAGUGGAUUCAUAAUAAGAGGAUACCUGGGAAAAUGGACCCUACUGAUAAAAACAGUAACAUUGGUACUAGUAGUGUCAUCAGGCCUGAGUCUUGGAAAAGAAGGACCUUCUGUUCAUGUGGCAUGUUGCUGUGGCAACUUAUUCAGCAGUUUAUUUUCCAAAUACAGCAAGAAUGAGGCAAAGAGACGAGAAGUGCUCUCAGCGGCUGCUGCUGUAGGAGUCUCUGUUGCCUUUGGGGCUCCAAUUGGCGGUGUUCUUUUCAGUCUGGAAGAGGUUAGUUAUUACUUUCCACUGAAAACACUUUGGCGUUCAUUCUUUGCUGCCUUGGUGGCUGCAUUUACGCUCCGAUCAAUCAACCCAUUUGGAAACAGCCGUCUUGUUCUGUUUUAUGUGGAAUACCAUACUCCUUGGUACAUGGCGGAACUUUUUCCAUUCAUCCUCCUCGGUGUCUUCGGGGGCCUGUGGGGAACACUUUUUAUUCGCUGUAAUAUUGCGUGGUGCAGAAGGCGUAAAACCACUAAACUGGGUAAAUACCCAGUGCUGGAAGUUAUUGUGGUCACUGCGAUCACAGCUUUAUUGGCCUACCCAAAUCCAUAUACUAGAAGAAGCACAAGUGAGCUCAUCUCAGAGCUUUUCAAUGACUGCGGGGCACUGGAAUCUUCCCAGCUCUGUGAUUACAUUAAUGAUCCCAACAUGACCAGACCUGUAGAUGAUAUUCCAGACCGUCAGGCGGGUGCUGGUGUUUAUACGGCAAUGUGGCAACUGGCCCUGGCUCUGAUAUUUAAAAUAGUUAUUACAAUAUUUACAUUUGGUAUGAAGAUACCUUCUGGCCUGUUUAUUCCCAGCAUAGCAGUGGGGGCCAUAGCUGGCCGGAUUGUAGGAGUGGGUGUAGAGCAGCUGGCCUACCAUCACCAUGACUGGAUCAUUUUCAGGAACUGGUGCAGACCCGGAGCAGACUGUGUGACUCCUGGGCUCUAUGCUAUGGUGGGAGCAGCAGCCUGUCUAGGAGGAGUUACAAGAAUGACAGUUUCCCUAGUAGUUAUAAUGUUUGAGUUGACUGGUGGCCUAGAGUACAUUGUGCCGUUGAUGGCAGCAGCUGUAACGAGCAAAUGGGUUGCAGAUGCAUUUGGGAAAGAAGGCAUUUAUGAGGCACACAUUCAUUUAAAUGGUUAUCCAUUCCUGGAUGUCAAGGAUGAGUUCACCCACAGAACACUUGCAAUGGAUGUAAUGAGGCCUCGCCGAGGGGAGCCCUCCCUCUCUGUUCUUACCCAGGACAGUAUGACAGUAGAGGAUAUGGAGACCUUAAUCAAAGACACAGAUUAUAACGGAUUUCCUGUUGUGGUGUCCAGAGAUUCCGAGCGUUUAAUUGGCUUCGCUCAAAGGAGAGAACUUAUCAUUGCAAUCAAGAAUGCUAGACAAUGCCAAGAUGGGGUGGUAAGCAAUUCUAUUGUAUAUUUCACUGAGGAUCCUCCAGAGCUUCCUGCUAACAGUCCCAAUCCACUGAAACUGCGUCGCAUCCUUAAUCUAAGUCCCUUCACUGUGACUGACCACACACCUAUGGAAACAGUAGUAGACAUUUUCCGAAAACUUGGGCUAAGGCAAUGUCUCGUUACUCGCAGUGGGAGACUUUUGGGUAUUAUAACGAAAAAAGAUGUUUUAAGACACAUGGCUCAAAUGGCUAAUCAAGACCCUGAAUCCAUAAUGUUCAACUAAGACUGCAAGAAUAUUGGUAAGGGAAUAUUAAUGACAGGAAGUUCUUCAAUGGAUUCCACCCUGCGUCCAUCACGUGACAUACACUAAGGAGAAAUCAUUGGCGACUAACUAAGGCAAGCAAUAGAAAGGCAAAUGUAUCAGAAGCUGCUGGGUUUGUUUAUAGGCCUACAUAGAUCCAGGCAUAAUUCACUGGAAGAAAAAAAAACUGAAAAGAGAACUAUCAACUCAAAUAAACAUUCUGAAACUAAACAGAUUAAUUCUUACAUGAUAAUGUAAUUGUUCACUGGAACUUUAUGUUUUUUAAAGUUUAUGCCCCGAUUUAAUUACAAUGUAUGUUUUAAAUCAACUAUGCAUUCCGGAGAUGAAGUAUCUCUGCAACAAAUAAUCACUUGGAGUUUGUUAAUUUCCCUCCUGCUGGAUAGCAUAUGUUUUACCUACAGAUGGAAAAAACUUCGCUCCAGUAUCUCUGAUCAUCCUGCUUCAUUUAUGUCUGUGCUCAUUAUAAGAUUAUGGGCAGUGGGAAUGAUGUACAAAUGUCUGAAUGUAGCAGUAAAUCUGUAUAUGUAGGAGCAUAAGGUGGCCCUGUCAUUAGACUGAAUGGCUACUUGGGUCUGCACAUGUAUUUUAUUGAAAUGGUUUUGGGACAUUUAUAUCAGGGGCAUUCCUAUCUAUAGGAAGACUGGUCAGAUGACAUAGCUAUUGCUAAGGUUAUUGAGCAGUCUCUGCAUCUUGUCUGAACUAAACUAGCAUAAACUUAAUCUGUUUGUUUGACUUUAUUUAAGCCUCUAUACUACCCCAGCUGUUAAUCCUGAGAUCCCAAAAACCUUGACCACCAGUGAAUACAUACACAUGGACUGCACAUAUGGUGGGACGUUCAGCACGGAAGGUCCUUCCAGUUAAACUAAUCCCUGUGCAGCUGUUUGGAGAUGCUCCAAUAGGGGUAGCAGAGAUUAAUUUGGGAAUAAAUUUAGGUCAAAAGCAAAUAGUGCUGUAAUGGACAAAGAAGCAGAGAAUGCAACAAUUGCAGAUUUUUCUAAACUAUAAAGAAGUAAAGCACCUUAAAGAGAGAAUGUACAUGUGCUAGUUGAAAAAGCAAGAAAGGGGAGAAAGACUGAAGGUUUAGGAGAAGAAAUAUGGUGAUGGGAUGAAAGAGUGGAAGGGCGAAAACGGCAGUAGGGAACAAGAGCAAAGAAUGGCAAGGGACAAUACGUAGAGAAUAAAGAGAAGAGUGAGACAGAAGUGAAAAUCAAAGAAUAAUGUGAAGUGAAACAGAAGAAAGAACAACAAUAUACUAUUAAUCGGGGGAGGGCUGGUGCACCCAGUCUGUUGGAUGCCUAAUUGUAUGUUGUUGUGGGACUGCGCCCUUGGUAUCAUGGGAAUUAUUGCACCAUUCUAGAUCAAAGAGCACUCUAACAAGGACAAAUAUAGAGGCUAGGGAGUCAUGGAGGGAAUACAACCCAAGCUGCUGUUCUAUACAUAUACAGUUAUUGUUUAUUAUAUGUGGUCAGACUAAUGGGUUAAAGGGUUUUGUGAACUGAUGUGUUUUUGCACAGUCUAUAAAAGAUUUUCUACUUUACAAGUAUGAAUGACAUAAGAUUAUGGAUUCCUGCUGUUUAAUACAGAAAAAGGCCAGUGUAACUCAUGGUUGACCCUAAAAUAAGCCAAUACAGCAGUAAUGCCCAUUGUUACAUCCUACCAUAUUGCAUUUCUCUUAUCAAUGCUUAGUCAAGUAUUUGGCAGGCAUAUUUUAAAUAAAAAUUAAAGUAAGGAGCAGACCUUAUCAAAGCAUCAUCCUCACACAGUAUUUCAGAUAGCAAAAAAAUGCUGAAAAAAAUGCUGAAAGAUUCAGUUUUACUGCAUUUACCGAAAGGAAACUUUAUUACAGGAAUGGGUGUUAUGCCAGCUGAAUUGCUUUUUUGGUCAAGUGUAUAAACAGGUCCGUAUGUAUAUAUAGUUACAUAUAUUAAAAACACUUUAUUGUAA